AAAAGGGUGAGAAAAGGGACGAGUGGGAAAGUGAUGAUAUUGCUGUCGCUAAUUGCCCCACUGAGGCAUCCAGUGAAAGAUCAACUAUGUCUGAUCCGUGCUCUGGCGACAGGCGGACGCAUCCCGGGCACAAAUUUAAUCCUAAUGCCGGCAAUUGAAGGAAAGCCCCGAUUCGGCAUUAUGGAACACUUGAUGAUGGCCCUGGCCGGAGGUUGGCUACUCUUUCGUGUCAUUUUCUGUGAGUUGGCCGAUGAGGAUAAGCAAUGCAAAACACAAAACAUAACGGAAAUGGAGACUAUCUCGAUGAUAACAGCUGAAGAAGAAGUGCAGAAGGAAGAGCACAAGCAGAAAGAUGAGGAGGAGGAAGAGGAGGAGCUUUAUUAUUGGGAGGGACGACAACGUUUUGGACAUGAACCGUUAAUUAAAUUUACGCGCCAACAAUUAGAUAUAUUGCUGCGUCUAAAUUCAAAUGAUGACGAUGAUGAAGACCAAUCGGAUUAUAUCGAUAUAACGGAUGAAGACUAUAGCAGUGAUUAUCCCUCAACAUCGGCACAGCAAGACGACGAAGAGAGUCGACAUAGAGAAUCGAAAUCAAAUGAUGAAGAAAUUGAUCUCAUGCAAUAAAAAGAUGAAGAAGUCUAUUAGUAUGCAGAUGUGAAUGAGUGUGUGUGCAUGUAUGUGUGUAUGGAGAGCAGUUGGAUCAGAUGGAACAAAAACAACAAUGUGCAAGAUGCCAAGAGGAGAACGAACUUUUCACACGCUCACUAAUACACC